AUGACCGCUCAGAAAGGUGUUCACGGUGAAGAAGUCGCUAAACACAAUAGCAGGGAAAAGGGAGUAUGGAUUGUGGUACAUGGAAAGGUAUAUGAUGUGACUGAUUUCCUGGAUGAGCACCCUGGUGGCGCUGAGAUCAUCUUACGGUAUGCCGGUAUGGAUGCGACCGAAGAAUACGAGCCUAUCCAUCCUCCUGAUGCUAUAAUCGAUAAUCUCGAUCCAUCAAAGCACCUGGGUCCACUUAUACCAUCAACACUUCCUCCAGCACCUGUAUCAGCAUCUGCGCCACCUCCAACAUCCGUAGCGAUACCACAAAAAACAAAUUCACCUCUCGCAGGUGGAGAAGAGGAAUAUGUCAAGCCGCCAAUAGAUGAGAUAUUGAGUUUACACGAUUUCGAAGCUGUUGCUAGGAGAACAAUGGCAAAGAGAGGUUGGAAUUAUUACAGCUCUGGUGACGAUGACGAGAUCACCAUGCGGGAGAACCACAAUGCCUAUCACAGAGUAUGGUUCCGACCUCGAAUUCUGCGUAAUGUCGGUUCAGUAGAUUUCUCUUCAAGUAUAUUAGGUCACAAAACCUCCAUGCCAGUAUAUAUCACUGCGACGGCAUUGGGUAAACUUGGGCAUCCCGAAGGAGAAGUCACCUUGACAAGAGCUGCUGGAAAACACAAUAUCAUCCAAAUGAUCCCCACUCUCGCUUCAUGCUCUUUUGACGAGAUGGUAGAUGCAGCUAUACCGAAUCAAAUCCAAUUCCUACAACUCUACGUAAACUCUGAUCGAUCGCGUACUAAGAAAAUCAUCAAACAUGCUGCCGAAAGAGGUGUUAAAGCGUUAUUCAUUACUGUCGAUGCCCCUCAGCUAGGUAGGAGAGAAAAGGAUAUGCGAACCAAAUUCGAAGGUAACGCAUCAUCUCAACAAACUCAAGGAGGAGAUAACUUCAAACGUGAUCAAGGAGCCGCAAGAGCCAUUUCAUCAUUCAUUGAUCCUACACUCAACUGGAAAGAUUUAGCGGAAUUGAAAGAAGCCGCUGGAGAGAUGAAAAUCGUACUGAAAGGUGUCCAGUCUUGGGAGGAUGCUGUCAUGGCUGCAGAAGCUGGGUGCGAUGGAGUAGUAUUGAGUAAUCAUGGCGGUCGUCAACUAGAUUUCGCUCCUUCACCGUUAACCAUCUUACCUCAAGUGGUUACCAUUCUAAAGUCAAGAGGUUUUAUGACCCCUAAAGCACCAUUCGAAGUAUUCAUCGAUGGUGGAGUAAGAAGAGCCACAGAUGUGUUAAAAGCUAUCGCACUAGGAGCUACGGCGGUCGGAAUUGGUAGACCUAUGAUCUACGCUAUGAGUACUUAUGGUGAACAGGGUGUAUCGAGGGCUUUCGAGAUUCUCAAGGACGAAUUCGAAAUGAAUAUGCGUUUGAUCGGAGCGCCGACAUUAUCAGAUGUGGUGCCCAAUAUGGUUGAUGUCAGCGCUUUGAAUAGCGCAAGUAGCGGAAUAACAAUGUAUGAAGAAAAUUAUGAGAGGAUGUUACCUGUUGGAGUCAAGGCUAAAUUAUAA